UGAAACAGCUCUUUCUCCAAUAUCUAAUCGCAGCAGGAACUCGGAAUGGUUUUUACACUGUUCCGUAGAAAGUACACUGCAGGAAGAAGUAACAGCUUUUUAGAAUCAUGGAAGAUCAGGCUGAAUCGAGCUGCUCUGAGAGCUGGUUCCUUUCUGUUUGGCAAGAACAGGGGAACUGCUGCGAUGUAUCAGACUGAGGGUCUGCCCGGCUGGUACGUUGUCCCCAGCAGUGGCCAGCCACAAGCAGGAGCAAAAAUAGAGUAUAUUAUCCUAUGUAAUCAUUUCUCUUUCUAGAGCUCAGUUGUUUAGACUAUUAAAAUGUUUAAGUCCAACCUCUCUCUUUUCCCAGGGCUGCCUGAUAGCAGUGUAGAGCAAGUCAUUUGCUUCUGCUGAAGAUGGUUAGUGCUCAACAUUGAAGUGUCAAAGAUUCUGCUGCCAAAGACAGGUCAGGUUGUGUUUUCAGUUCCUAACUGAAACUGGAACAAGGGGGACUCCGUGACUGUUCUUUCAAACUGAGAACAAUAUAGGUAGAGGACUUGAAGGAAUUCUGGAAAUAGAUGGCCUAGUCCCAGUGCUUGUGCAUACCAUGUGUGAGAAAAGCAAGCGCAAUGUGCAAAGCUGUGUUUCCCCAGCUCAGCACUCCAGAGGGGUAUCAGUGGGCAAGUAUAACUAUGUGGUAUAACCUAGUCUGAUCUGCAAGGGCAGAAUUUCCACAAAGAGAAUCACUACUUUGUAUUGCAGCUCUGGAACUGGCAGCGUUUGUAAUGCCUUUCCUUCCAGCGGGGUGAUUGUGACAGUGCAGAGGAUGAAGAGUUGUGGAGAUGCUCUCUUCUUGAGGAAGCUCAGUUCUAGACUAAUUAAUUUAUUGAUUGAUUGAUAAGUCCUUACCUACUCAGAAGCACAGUGUCUAAUUUGUUAUGUGCUGGUCCCUUUGUUACAAUGACUACUGCUAGUACUGAUUCCAGUCUGCAAAAAUCUGGCUGCUUUCACUUGUUUUUGAAAGCUCUUCAGCUCCGUCUCUUGCAUGAUUCUGAUGUUAAUGUGUCUUAUAUCCAUGAUAGAUUGCUGCAUGUCUUCUGAAAGAUGCUUGCAAAACAAGAAAGAAUUGGAGCUGAGGCAGAUCAUCUCACAAAUGUACUGUCUUAUACAUCAAAAGAGCGCAGAUGAGAAUGUACGAGGGACUGUAAAAGCCUUCAGUUGGGAGGAGUUAGAUAAACCAAUAACCUUCCUACGUUAAACCUUGUGCGUGAGUCCGAGAUAAAGAAAGCUAUAAAGGGUGAGCAGCUAGCAGGGCACCAGACCGGUCUGCCCACAGCUCCCUGAGAGGUUGCAGGCCAAGCGUGAAGAGGUGCUCCUAGGAGGGAUCAGCAUGGAGCCUGAGGAGUACAGGCAGAGAGGGAAAGAGAUGGUGGAUUACAUUUGCCAGUACCUGAGCAAUGUGAGAGAGAGACGAGUGACUCCUGAUGUACAGCCAGGUUACAUGAGAACUCAGUUGCCAGAUUCUGCCCCAAUGGACCCAGAUAGCUGGGACAACAUCUUUGGAGAUAUAGAGAAGAUCAUUAUGCCUGGGGUAGUCCAUUGGCAAAGUCCACACAUGCAUGCCUACUUCCCAGCUCUUACUUCUUGGCCUUCACUCCUUGGAGAUAUGCUGGCUGAUGCAAUUAACUGCUUGGGAUUCACCUGGGCCUCCAGUCCAGCCUGUACAGAACUGGAAAUGAAUGUGAUGGACUGGCUGGCUAAAAUGCUGGGCCUUCCAAAUAAAUUCCUGCAUCACCAUCCUGAUAGUGUGGGCGGGGGAGUGUUACAGAGCACCGUGAGUGAAUCAACCUUGGUUGCGCUCCUGGCUGCACGGAAAAACAAAAUUCUGGAGAUGAAGCUUUCUGAGCCAGACACUGAUGAGUCCUCACUCAAUUCUCGUCUCAUUGCUUACGCAUCUGAUCAAGCACAUUCUUCUGUAGAAAAGGCUGGCUUGAUUUCUCUUGUGAAGAUGAAAUUUCUGCCUGUGGAUGAGAACUUUUCCCUUAGAGGUGAAACUUUGAAGAAAGCCAUAGCAGAAGACAGAAAGAAAGGCCUAGUGCCCGUCUUUGUUUGUGCAACUUUGGGUACAACUGGUGUCUGUGCUUUUGACAGUCUCUCAGAGCUGGGUCCAAUUUGUGAUGCUGAGGGACUCUGGCUUCAUAUUGAUGCUGCAUAUGCAGGAACAGCAUUUCUGUGUCCUGAAUUUCGAUUGUUCUUAGAUGGAAUUGAAUUUGCGGAUUCCUUCACUUUUAACCCUUCUAAAUGGAUGAUGGUUCAUUUUGACUGCACUGGAUUUUGGGUUAAAGAUAAAUCCAAGUUACAUCAAACCUUCAGUGUUAACCCUGUCUACCUCAGGCAUCCCAAUUCAGGAGCUGCUGUUGAUUUCAUGCACUGGCAAAUUCCACUGAGUCGUCGAUUUCGUUCUUUGAAGCUGUGGUUUGUGAUUCGUUCAUUUGGGGUGAAAAAGCUUCAAGCUCAUGUCCGGCAUGGUACUGAAACAGCCAAAUUCUUUGAAUCUUUGGUAAGAAGUGAUCCGCUGUUUGAAAUUCCUGCCAAGAGACAUCUUGGACUGGUUGUGUUUCGUUUAAAGGGUCCCAACUGGCUGACAGAAAAGCUCCUGAAAGAACUGAGCAGUUCUGGCAGGCUCUUCCUUAUUCCAGCAACCAUUCAUGACAAGUUCAUCAUUCGCUUUACUGUAACAUCUCAGUUCACAACCAGGGAAGAUAUUCUGCAAGACUGGAACAUCAUUCAACGCACUGCAGCCCAAAUCAUUAGCCAGCAUAAUGAAUUGCACCACAUCAGUUCUGGUGAUGAGGCAAAAAUCCCUAAUACAAUAUCUGAGCCUAGUUCUAGUGUUAUUAGUCAUGCUUCUCAGCUCUACACAGAAGAAGGAAAAUUCAAAAUACCUUCCAGAAAAAUAGUAGGUCAGCCUAAGAAGUUAGCAGUGAGUCCCAGUACAUGUGUGAUCAGUCAACAAGUGAAAGGUCAAGGGGAUCUAGAUGACUGUUUUCCAGAAGAUGUACAAGAUGUUACCAAACAUAAGUUAACCUCUUUCUUAUUCAGUUAUUUGUCUGUUCAAGGCAAGAAAAAGACAGCACGUUCGCUUAGCUGCAACAGUGUGCCAAUGACCGAUCUUCUUGAGCAAUGUAAUCCUAAAGCAACAGAUGCUGACAAGAAGGAGCCUCAUGCAAAUGCCAGAAUUCUUUCCAGGCUGCCUGAAGAGGUGAUGAUGCUCAAAAAAAGCGCCUUGAAAAAAUUAAUUAAGUUCUACAGUGUCCCAAGCUUUCCAGAGUGUAGCAUUCAGUGUGGCCUUCAACUGCCUUGUUGCCCUCUGCAAGCCAUUGUUUAACAAGUAAAAGAGAUUGGUGCAUAAGAGCUCUUUAGAUAGAAAGUGAACCAAAGUUUGCUUAUUGAUAUGCAAUACUACAUGUAAUUUUCUUCAAUAUGUAAGUUGUGGUAACAACCACUGAGAAAAUUCCCGUGCUUUUAUUGGUGCAAAACUGUUUGUAAUUAUAGAUUAAAAUGUCAAAUAAACCUCACUGACGUACAACAAGAAACUCUCUGAUUUGUAGACUGUGGUAAAGAAGAUGCUAACUUCUGCUUUAUAAACGACCCUUUGCCAGGACUGAUAGUCAGUAAACUAGAAACGUUUUGACAAAAUACGUUGGCCUCGAUAGGGUGUUAACAAUUCUGUUCUCUUUGCACCAUUUUUUUUUUUAAAUACCUUACCUUAAACUCUCUAAAUUGCUGUGAGGAUCUGUGUCUGUAGACAAUGCCAACAUCCCUUCUGCACUGUGAAAAGAGGAUGAUGUAACCAGAGAUUUUACUGUACUUUAGUGCAGUUUUUCAACUCUUGAGUUUAAAAACAGAGCAACCAUGCCAUUCCAUCUGCACUCAUCAGCUAACAGUGCACAGGAGGCUUUAUGUAACCAUGUUUCAAGAAAACAAGAAUGGAAUUGACCUAAAA